AUAAUGAAAAUUAAUAAGAAAUUAUUUGUGAUAGCAUGCAUUGCGCUGAUUCUCGUCAGCUUGGGCGAUGCUGCCGAAAAUAACAAGAAAAAGAAAAAAUCAAAGAAAACAAAAGUUGUGAAAAAUGUGCAGGCUGAUGCAUCAGCAUCGGAAAAGCCUCAAGCACAACAGCCUGAUUAUACAUAUCCGGAAAAUUAUGAUGACUAUAAUGAAUAUGAUGAAAAUGAGAAUGUAGAAGCACGUAAUGGGCAUCCUGAGGAAGAACAAGUCGAAAAUACAACCGUUUUUCAACAACCACCAGAUGAAAUUCCUCAACCUAUAGUCCAGCCAUUCUCAUGUCUAUUCCAAGACAAGUGGUAUCGAGAAGGUGAAGAAUUCAAAAUGGGACCAAAUGACUGUUCUGUCUGCAUUUGCGUUGAUACUGAAAUUAAAUGUAAUGAUGAUAAUUGUCCACCACCAACAACUACUCAAAAGCCUGUGACUACACAAAAACCAACUCAAAGGCCUACGACAACAGAGCCUCCAGCAACAACAACAACAACAACAACUUCAUUACCAGUGACAGUUCCUUUUGUUCCUGGUCCAAUCGGUGAUAUUGGUCCACAGGGUGAAAGAGGAGAUCGUGGAGAUAGAGGAGAACCUGGUAUCCCCGGUAAUCCUGGAAUUCCUGUAAUUUGUAGCCCACCAGGUCCACCACCAGACUUAAGCUUCUACACACAACAAUUAGCAGAGCAAUUAGGAGGUUCCGAUAAAGGUCCAAGCGGACCAGGUUUCUUGCCAGAAAACUUUCAAUACAUGCAAGCAGCUGUGGGACCUGUUGGUCAACGUGGACCCCCGGGUCCCCCAGGCUCAACUGGUCCUCAAGGUCAUCAAGGUGUAAGAGGUGAAACUGGAGAUUCUGGACCCCCAGGACCUCCCGGCUUACAAGGUGUUAUGGGACCACAUGGACCACCUGGUAAAGAUGGACAAAAUGGUGAAGAUGGAGAAACUGGACCACCAGGCUUAGCUGGCCCCCCGGGACCAAGAGGACUUCCAGGUAUGCCUGGAGUUCCUGGCGUAAAAGGACAUCGGGGUUACACUGGAUCUGACGGAACUAAAGGAGAAGCUGGAGUGCAAGGUGAAAAGGGUACCCAAGGAAAUUCUGGACCCCCUGGAACGCCUGGUGCAUCUAUUUCAUAGGACCAAGAGGAGAAAGAGGCAGAGAAGGAAGCCCUGGACCAGCUGGUGUUAGAGGAAACGAUGGAGCUCAAGGACCUCCGGGACCUGUUGGAGCCACUGGUAAAUCUGGACCACCUGGAUUUCCCGGAAGUGCUGGGAAUAAGGGAGAUUCUGGACCAAUUGGUCCGAAAGGUAGCACAGGCCCUCAAGGACCUCGAGGAGAAGCUGGAAAGCCUGGUUUUACUGGUGAAACUGGCCCAGCUGGAAUUCCAGGAAGAGAUGGAAUCCCAGGUGAAAAGGGAGCAACUGGUUCGAUGGGAAUGGCGGGUCCAAUUGGAUUCCCAGGACCAAGGGGACCACAGGGAUUAGAAGGUAGCACAGGAGAGCCAGGAAUCAAAGGUUCACAGGGAACUGCCGGUGAAAGAGGAAUUAAAGGAGACAGUGGCUUGAAAGGAGACAUGGGUGCACCAGGACCAAGAGGACUUCCUGGAGCAAUCGGACCCGAGGGAAAACGUGGUAAAAGAGGAAUGAGAGGACCUACUGGAGAACGCGGUCCACAAGGAGAAAGAGGUCCAAUGGGAGCAGCUGGUUUGCCUGGUCCAGAUGGUGCUAUGGGUCCUAAAGGAAACAGUGGUGAUAGAGGAAAUCCUGGUGAAAGAGGUCCAAAAGGAAGUUCGGGAGAUAUUGGUGCACCUGGAAUUCAGGGUAUUCAAGGAUUGAGAGGUCUGCCUGGAAAAUCUGGAAUCCCAGGAAAACCAGGAACACAGGGUGAAAGAGGAGUGCCGGGAAGUGAUGGAAAACAGGGAGAACCCGGUCCACAAGGUCUGCAAGGUUUACCAGGUCCCAUGGGAUUGCAAGGAGACAAAGGAUUGACUGGUGAAUCUGGAAAAGAUGGAGAGCCGGGUCCAACAGGCCCUCAAGGACCACGAGGAGAUUUAGGUCCCGCUGGAAAAGAUGGAGUUCCUGGACCUCAAGGACCACAAGGAUCACAAGGAGAACGCGGUAACCCGGGUCCACAAGGAACUACAGGGUUCCAAGGCUUACCAGGUGCACCAGGUCAAGCAGGUCAACCUGGAAAAGAUGGAGCUCAAGGACCCCCGGGAAGUCCGGGCAUGACAGGACCAGCUGGAAACAGAGGAGAAAGAGGAUUUCCUGGAGAAAGAGGACCAAUUGGAAUUCCUGGAAUUCAAGGUCAAAAAGGAGAAGUUGGAACACAAGGUCCUGAUGGAAACCCUGGACCAUCUGGUCUUCGAGGUGAAAAAGGACAUCAAGGUUCCCCUGGAAUGGUCGGAAUACCAGGUAUGAGAGGUCCUCAAGGUGUAUCAGGAGAAAAAGGAGAACGUGGAGCAACAGGAUUGAUUGGACCUGAGGGACCACCUGGAAGAAUCGGUGAUAGAGGUGUACAAGGUUUAAUGGGGCCACCAGGUCCACCUGGCGAAGCUGGUGAAAGAGGUGAAUCUGGAGAAAAAGGACCUCCUGGAGAAACUGGUGCUGUGGGCAGCGUUGGAUUGCCAGGACCUCCGGGACCACAGGGAUUGCAAGGUUUCCCUGGACCACAAGGUGCUAUGGGAUUGCCAGGUACGAAGGGAGAACGUGGGCCAUAUGGUUUGAAAGGUGAACAAGGUGUUGCUGGAGCUCAAGGUAUCCAAGGAGAAAUUGGUCCUUCAGGCCCGACUGGUUUAACUGGACAAAAGGGUCAAAGAGGUGACAUUGGAGCUAGAGGAGAAAUUGGAAUGAUGGGUCCACCUGGAAGACCUGGGGAACCUGGCCAACCUGGACAAGCUGGAGCUCAAGGAUUGCAAGGAAUACCUGGUACACCGGGUUCUAAAGGUCAAGCUGGUGAAACUGGAAGAAUGGGAAUGCAAGGUCCAAUGGGUAACCCCGGACCCCAGGGGUUAGCUGGCGACAAAGGAGAUUCAGGAAGUGAAGGUCAACAAGGUCCCUCGGGUCCUCCUGGUCCACCUGGCCAAGUUGGUGAUCGUGGAUUGCCAGGUUUGCCUGGCCCUGUUGGUUCUGCUGGACAAAAGGGAGCAAGAGGAGCACCUGGAGACGUUGGACAAUCUGGUCGAGAUGGAAAAGAAGGUCCACAAGGUUCACAAGGACCACCAGGAGAACCUGGUCCAAUGGGAAAUCAAGGACCACCUGGACACGAUGGACCUCAAGGAAAACCUGGAGCCCCAGGACUUCAAGGUCGUGUAGGAGACAAAGGUCCUAUUGGUGCAACUGGAUCUGCAGGAAAUCCAGGUCCCCCCGGUUUGCCUGGUCCAAAUGGCCCAGCAGGUCCAAUGGGACCUUCAGGAGAAAGAGGUCAGAGAGGUGAACAAGGACAACAAGGUGUUGAUGGACCAAUUGGUCCAAGAGGAAAACCUGGUCCACCGGGUAUUGAAGGCACAAAGGGAGAUAGAGGAGAUUUAGGUCCAAAAGGAGCAAAGGGUCACAGAGGUUUAGUAGGUCUUCAAGGUAUGACUGGAAGUCCUGGACAAAUUGGUGAAAAGGGUAAUCUUGGAAACCCUGGUCCACAAGGUCCACCUGGUGAACCUGGUCCGAGAGGUCCUCCUGGAAGAGAUGGAAGUCCGGGACCACAAGGUUUAACUGGAGGAGUUGGACCCAGAGGAAAUCCUGGUGAUCAAGGAAAACCUGGUCUUAGAGGAGACAUUGGUCAUUCAGUCCACCUGGUCCACAAGCUGAAUCGCUAGGUUAUGACGCAGCAGCUUUAGCAGCUUUGCUUGGGCAUGGAGCUAACAAUCAAAAGGGACCUGACCCGAAUGACGAUCCAUUAAAGCAGUUGACAGACGAUGAGAAGAGAGCUAUCGUACUUAAAGCUUAUGAAAAUCUUAAGACUAGAUUUGAAAAGUUCAAGAAACCAAAUGGCGAGAAGCAAUUCCCAGCAAAGACUUGUAGAGAUUUAGCUGUUGCAUAUCCUGAAUAUGAAUCUGGUAAUUAUUGGAUUGAUCCAAACGAUGGCGAUCCAAGAGAUGCAAUUUAUGUCUAUUGUGACAUGAAAAAGCGUGCAACAUGUGUUAUUCCAUCACCAAUGAAGUCUAGUGAGAUUAGCUACACAGGAAGAGAACCAGAAAUUUGGUUAAGUGAAAUUGAGAAUGGAAUGAAAAUUAAUUACAAGGCUGACAGCAAUCAAUUAGGAUUCUUGCAAUUGUUGUCCACACAAGCAACACAAAACAUCACAUUCCAUUGUAAGAACACAAUUGGAUACUUUGACAAAAUCAAGAACAAUCACCGACGUGGUGUUAAACUUAUGACAUGGAAUGACAACGAAUUAACACCAAAAGGACCUCAAAGACUUCGUUAUGAUGUAACUGAGGAUGGUUGUGAAGAUCGAAGAGAUGAAUGGGCACAAACUGUUAUUACUUAUACAACUGAUAAGCCAUUGAGACUGCCUUUGGUUGAUGUUGCUGUACGAGAUUUCGGCAAUGACAAUCAAAAGUUCUGGCUUGAAAUAAAUCCUGUUUGUUUCUCUUAG